AUGUGCGAAGAGACGAGAGAGACCGAGAGCCAGAAGGUCAAGGAUGAUGCUCAGGAUGAUCGUUUGGAUUUUGAUAUCGGGUCCCUCUUUUCCUUUCUUUUUCCUUCUGCCUCCGCCUCGUCUUCUAUCAAUAUCACUCUGGCCUUCUCUUCUCUUCUCUUCUCUGUCAGUCAGUCACCUGGAGUCUCCUCGACCAAGAAAGGGCUUGCUUUUUUCUUCCCAACUUGCACCUCGUUACGAACCGUCAGGAGAAAAAAGGAAGAUGGGGAAUCUGAAAUCUCGUGUCCGGGCAAGCCACCUUUGCCGCUUAUGGUGACGACAAUCCAUAGCUAG